UCGUUCCCCGUCAAACACAUUGACAACAGAAAAGACCAGAGUAACCCGCGCUAAGGACAGCUCAAACAACGUCUGCUUGCUCGUCAAAAUGGCCGCCUCGUGCGCGCUUAGUCUACUUAUGCUUGGGUGCUUUGGAGAAAUUGUAUAAUAUAAACUAUAUAGACCGGGUCAGGUCAAAAGCAGUCAGACGGAACAAACGUGCCGUGUCUGAAGUGACAUCACAGGUUCCGUUAGAUCGCAUGCAUAUUUCUGUGCUGCAAGCCUGGUCCCAAAGACUUGACCUUUCUCCCAAAACUGUCGAGGACGUCAAACCGCGGGGACGAAAACUUCUUUCACAUCUCUCACACUCGGACAACCAUGGAAUACUCUAUAGUACUUGGUGUUUUUCUAGGAGCUGUUUUUCUGACAGUGGUUUCAUCACUGGAGUGCUACGAGUGCUUCUCUUACGAAAGCGAGGCGGACUGUCAAUCUAUGUACAAACUGAAGCUUCGAACAUGCGCAUCUGAGGACCAGGACGUGUGCAUGAGAGUGGCAAUGAAUGUCAGCAUUGUGCAGAAAAUGGGGGAACAGUAUCAGCGCAAUUGGGUCCCGGGGUUCGCGCGGUACUGUGGCAAGAAGUUUGAGUGCAAUCAGAAUGAUGCUUGUAGGUUUCCCUGGAAAACUCAACACGCAGUCUACAUCAAGGAUUGUAAGCCACUAUGCUGCUCUGCAAACCUGCAAGACAAGUGCCACGCGAGACCUUAUUGGCCGGGCGGUGACUUGCCAUCUUAUGGCGGGAACUCAUCUGAUACCCAGUCCCCGCAAGCAGGGGCUCGAGCGGGGUCGUACUCUCUCACACAGGCCUACCAUGGACCCUUGGUGAUCGCAGUCACCCUAGUGAGUUAUAUAGUCUUGUUGGGUUCGCCUUUAGGUAAUUUAUAGGAAAUUAGUCUUCAUCCGCGCCUCCAUAAAAGUUCUACGGACUCUUGGUGAACGCGGUCACCAUAUCAAAUCUAGAAUUAGGUUAUAAUUAGGUAUGUUAUGGAAUGGAAUUUAUAGCAUUAUCGUUUGAGUUGCAAGUCGCAAAUCCAUUCCAUCCAUUAACCAUCAAUUCCGGUGUGUUAUGCAAACAACGCUACACUUUUCAAUGCGCUAUUAAGGUCACGACGAAUCCUAGCCACCCACGCAUGCGUUUUUGGCAGGUCGCACGGGGGAUAGGGAUGCGGGGGGGGGGGGGAGUAGUGAGCGACGCCUGCCUGAUAACGCCUUCGAUGGAGGCUAGAUGAAUCCCCACUUCUCUUUUUUCGUAAUAUCUCCCAGUUUCUCUAACUAAAUGUUUUUAAUGCUGAAUCGAGAUUUUUAAAAACAUGAAAUAGUAUGGAAUAAAAACAACGUAAAAUCUUCCUGAUUACCAAUAAAACAUAACCAUAAAAACCGCAUUAAAUAUAAAUGAACCAAUUCUCCGUAAAAAGAGAUUUUAUGCAAAGAAUCUAGUUGGUUUAUUUCAAGGUUUGAGUAAAGGUGCAGCGUGCUCUAGCCUCUAAACUCUUAAUCCAUUUCCAUCCGUUCGAUGUGCCCGUGCGAGAAGACUCCAAUGAAAAAAAUUGAGUUUGUAGUAUUAGUAUUUUGUGUAAGAUACUUUUUCAAAUCCGGGGCCAUUCCUUUUGCGUCACAUAUGUUAAGGAAUGCUCCGGAAUUUAUUGAUUGAAUAACUAUGAAUAUGUAUUGUGCCGUUUUAAACGAUUCGGUUUAGUACCACAGAAUUGUGUAGGCUCCGUGCAAGUCUGUGCCCCCCAUGAGUGCGAACUCGGGGUGUGGUAAUGAAAUAGGGAACCAAAUGUCAAAUAGGGGACCAAAUGUUAAAUAGGGAACCAAAUGUUAAAUAGGGAACCAAAUGUUAACAGCGUAAGAUCUUGCAUGUCACUGUUGACCCAUUGAAGCAUGCAAAUGCAAA